UUUCACCAGUUUGGUUCUAUUCCGCAUUAUUCCGUCAAUUUGUUAAAUCGGAAAAAUGGCUACGCGUUUGCUAAAGAUUAAGAGUGUUCUUCGCCCAUAUUCCAAUAAAACCAGCCUUGUAAAGAUACCAAAACAAUGGCAGUCAACUGCUGCUUCUCUGAAAGAAUUGCUUAUCAAUCAACCAGCUACGAGAGUUACGACUUUGGACAGUGGAAUGAGAGUUGCCAGUGAAGAUAGUGGAGCUGCAACAGCUACUGUUGGUCUUUGGAUAGAUUCUGGCAGUCGAUAUGAAACAGAUGAAAACAAUGGUGUUGCUCAUUUCAUGGAGCACAUGGCUUUCAAGGGAACUGCUAAACGAUCUCAAACUGAUUUGGAAUUAGAAAUAGAGAAUAUGGGAGCACAUCUGAAUGCUUACACAAGUCGAGAACAAACAGUCUUUUAUGCAAAAUGCUUGUCACAGGAUGUGCCAAAAGCUAUUGAGAUUCUCAGUGAUAUUAUACAAAAUUCGAAGCUAGGUGAAAAUGAAAUUGAAAGGGAACGUGGUGUUAUCUUACGCGAAAUGCAGGAAGUUGAAACAAACUUGCAAGAAGUUGUAUUUGACCAUUUGCAUGCUGCUGCAUAUCAAGGUACAUCCUUAGGACGGACAAUAUUGGGACCUACUAAAAAUAUCAAAAGUAUUUCGCGAGAUGAUCUUGUUAAUUAUGUGAAAAAUCAUUAUGGACCGCCUAGAUUUGUACUGGCUGGUGCUGGUGGUGUAGAUCACAAUCAAUUAAUCGAGCUUGCCGAUAAGCAUUUCGGUAAAAUGACAGGACCGGACUAUGAUGUUAUACCAGAUUAUAUUAAAGCAAGUCGCUAUACUGGUUCUGAUAUAAGAGUUCGUGAUGAUUCGAUUCCUCUCGCUCAUAUUGCGAUCGCUGUUGAAGGUGCUGGAUGGGCUGAGGCAGACAACAUUCCUCUUAUGGUCGCGAAUACUCUUCUAGGAGGAUGGGAUCGUAGUCAAGGAGGAGGUGUAAACAAUGCUAGUAAUUUAGCUAGAGCUUGUGCAGAAGAAGGCUUGUGCCACAGUUAUCAAAGUUUUAACACAUGUUACAAAGAUACAGGACUCUGGGGUAUAUAUUUUGUUUGUGAUCCUAUGAAAUGUAAAGAUAUGUUAUCUCAUAUUCAAGAACAAUGGAUGAAAUUGUGUACGUCGAUUGCUGAGAAAGAUGUAGCACGUGCAAAGAACAUUCUGAAAACCAACAUGUUCUUACAAUUGGACGGAACUACUGCCAUUUGUGAAGAUAUCGGUCGACAGAUGCUUUGUUAUAAUCGCCGUAUUCCACUCCAUGAACUCGAAAUGAGGAUAGAUAUGGUAUAG